UUCACUCACACCCUUUUGUUUCUCAGUUCGAAAUCUCGUUUAGAUUUGCAAGGUGGUGGACUAAGGAAAGUCGUGUAAAGAAAGAACGUUGAGAAUCGUGAAAAAAUUGUUUCGAGUGCUGCUGCUGAAAUUUUCAAUUGAAUUUUUUGCAUAAUGUUUGGAGGCAAAGUUAAAAAAAAUAGCAAAAAAGUUUGGGGCCUGUUCUAAAUAACUAUCUGUGUAUGAACUGAGUGUGUAAAAAUAGUUGAACUAUCACAAAUCCGUUCUCGAAAUUAGCAGAGCACAUUUUUACGUCUUCAGUCGGUUGGUGUGUUCGUGCGUUAAAAAAAUCAAAGGAGCCCCACUCGGAAGCAGCAGCAGCCAAAUUAUUAAAACGGGAAUAAAGAAACUGCAGCUGUAGAUCAGUAGCAGAGGUCAAUAAUACAAGCCAUUAACCGCGAAAGUUGAACUUUUAUUGUGUUCCGUUUCAUUACUACCUGCCAUUUAAGGGGGAAAACGCUAGACAUAUUCCCUUCAAUAAUCGAAUUCACAGUUACGAGCGAUAAUCGAGUGUGCCAGCUUAUUCCCAGUAUAAACAAACAACCGAUUCUCAAAGCAUUUUUACUUACAAUAAAAUGAGCAUACGCCGUUGAGUGAAAAACUGAAAAAGGAUAUAACUACAUAUACAUAAAUAUAUAAAUACCUACAUAUAUAUAUAUAUAUAUAUAUAUAUAAAUAUAUAUAAUGCAUAUUGUGCCUGAGAUUGUGUUCUAGAUUACUGCAAAUUUAAAAACGAAGUUUGUAGUUCAACAUUAACUUCAAAGUGUCUGUUAAGUGAGGUUAAUAUAAAUGUGAGAAUAUUCAGUUCUUCAUACUAAAUACUACGUCACCACAAAUAGUAAUACAUACAGAAUUUUGUGUAUUUGUGUACAACAAACAGGCAGCUAAACAAUAAACUUAAAACCAUAACAUUUUAUUGAAUUAAGAUAAUUAAACGAAUUCCAACAUUUAAGUGAUAGUAAGAAGGCUGAAAUAUUUAUUUAGCAAUAAAAGCAAAUGUGCUGAAGUAAAUUCGAUAAUAUUACAAAACAAAAAAAAAAAAAAUAAAAAAUUAAAGCAAGUUAGAAUUGUGGUAAUUAUAACAAUAACAACUCAAUACGAAAUAGACUCUUUUUAAAUUUUAGUAAAACUAUAAAGUUACGAAUCGUACUAGAAUUAAUUUCUAAAAAUGUAUCCACACGGACAGCAAUCUCAAUGGACACCUUCGCCCCCGCGGCCUCAGAGCCCCACUCAAUCGCAGACCAGUUUCGAAAACCUCACAUCGCCACCAGCUACCGGUUCAUCAGUGAAUCCCACCGCCGUGACCAGCCCGAGUGCGCAAAAUGUGGCCGUUGGAGGCGCAACUGUGGGUGGCGCAGGUGCCGCAGGUCUGGCUACACAGGCCUCCACGGUCGCCUCGCCAUUGGGAGCGGCAGCUGCUGCUUCGCCCACCACGCAACCCGAACUGCCAGUAUUUACGUGUCCGCGUAGACCAAAUCUGGGACGAGAAGGUCGACCCAUCGUUUUACGCGCCAAUCACUUUCAAGUGUCUAUGCCACGCGGCUAUGUACAUCACUACGAUAUCAAUAUUCAGCCGGACAAGUGUCCGCGCAAAGUGAAUCGUGAAAUCAUAGAGACUAUGGUACAUGCAUACAGCAAAAUAUUUGGUGUACUAAAGCCAGUAUUUGACGGUCGUAAUAAUUUAUAUACGCGCGAUCCGCUGCCCAUAGGCAACGAUCGUCUGGAAUUGGAAGUCACGCUACCAGGCGAGGGGAAAGAUCGUAUUUUCCGUGUAACGAUCAAAUGGAUGGCUCAAGUAUCGCUUUUCAAUUUAGAAGAAGCUCUGGAGGGACGUACACGCCAGAUACCAUACGAUGCAAUACUUGCAUUAGAUGUCGUAAUGCGACAUUUGCCGAGCAUGACGUAUACUCCUGUGGGACGGAGCUUCUUUAGCUCGCCAGAUGGUUACUACCAUCCUUUGGGUGGCGGUCGUGAGGUUUGGUUUGGUUUCCAUCAGAGUGUGCGUCCAUCCCAAUGGAAGAUGAUGUUGAAUAUUGAUGUUUCGGCAACGGCAUUCUAUAAGGCGCAGCCAGUUAUAGAUUUUAUGUGCGAAGUACUCGAUAUACGAGAUAUUAAUGAACAAAGAAAACCACUGACAGAUUCACAGCGUGUCAAAUUCACAAAAGAAAUCAAAGGUCUUAAAAUUGAAAUUACCCAUUGUGGAGCCAUGCGUCGCAAAUAUCGUGUUUGUAAUGUAACACGUCGUCCAGCACAAAUGCAAUCGUUCCCCCUUCAGCUAGAGAAUGGUCAAACUGUUGAGUGUACUGUAGCCAAGUACUUCUUGGAUAAAUACCGUAUGAAAUUACGUUAUCCACAUUUGCCAUGUCUUCAGGUAGGACAGGAACAUAAGCAUACAUAUUUACCCUUGGAGGUUUGUAAUAUUGUCGCCGGUCAACGUUGCAUAAAAAAACUCACCGAUAUGCAAACAUCGACAAUGAUUAAAGCUACAGCUCGUUCGGCACCCGAUCGUGAGCGUGAAAUCAACAAUUUAGUGAAGAGAGCCGAUUUCAAUAACGAUUCUUACGUGCAGGAAUUCGGUUUGACCAUUUCUAAUUCUAUGAUGGAAGUGCGUGGUCGUGUACUACCACCGCCGAAACUACAAUAUGGGGGACGUGUAUCAAGUAUGACUGGACAGCAACUUUUCCCACCUCAGAAUAAGGUGAGUUUGGCUUCACCCAAUCAGGGUGUCUGGGAUAUGCGCGGUAAACAAUUUUUCACCGGCGUGGAAAUUCGUGUGUGGGCUAUUGCUUGUUUCGCACCGCAAAGGACCGUGCGUGAAGAUGCUUUGCGCAAUUUUACUCAGCAAUUGCAAAAAAUUUCAAACGACGCUGGUAUGCCCAUUAUUGGACAGCCGUGCUUUUGCAAAUACGCAACUGGUCCAGAUCAAGUGGAGCCCAUGUUUAGAUAUUUGAAGAAUUCGUUCAAUGCACUGCAGUUGGUCGUGGUUGUGCUGCCAGGAAAGACUCCUGUUUAUGCUGAAGUAAAACGCGUUGGCGAUACGGUCUUGGGCAUGGCAACACAGUGCGUUCAGGCAAAGAAUGUUAAUAAAACUUCACCGCAAACUUUGUCGAAUCUAUGCUUAAAGAUUAAUGUUAAAUUGGGCGGUAUCAAUUCGAUAUUGGUACCCUCAAUUCGCCCGAAAGUUUUCAAUGAACCAGUUAUCUUUCUGGGCGCCGAUGUCACUCAUCCACCAGCCGGUGAUAACAAGAAGCCAUCAAUUGCAGCGGUUGUUGGCUCAAUGGAUGCUCAUCCAUCGCGUUAUGCCGCCACAGUGCGUGUGCAACAGCAUCGUCAGGAGAUUAUACAAGAAUUGAGCAGCAUGGUUCGCGAGUUGUUGAUUAUGUUUUACAAAUCGACUGGCGGUUAUAAGCCACAUCGCAUCAUAUUAUAUCGUGACGGUGUGUCCGAGGGUCAAUUUCCCCACGUAUUGCAACAUGAGUUAACCGCUAUACGCGAGGCGUGCAUCAAACUGGAAGCUGAAUAUCGUCCGGGCAUUACAUUUAUUGUGGUACAAAAGCGACAUCAUACACGUCUCUUCUGCGCUGAGAAGAAAGAACAGAGCGGCAAAUCUGGCAACAUACCGGCUGGCACCACUGUGGAUGUCGGUAUUACACACCCGACCGAAUUCGACUUUUAUCUUUGCAGUCAUCAAGGCAUACAGGGUACAAGUCGACCUUCGCAUUAUCACGUACUAUGGGAUGACAAUCAUUUUGAUUCCGAUGAACUCCAAUGUUUGACAUAUCAACUGUGUCACACUUAUGUAAGGUGUACACGCUCCGUGUCGAUACCAGCGCCCGCCUAUUAUGCUCAUUUAGUAGCUUUCAGAGCCAGAUAUCAUUUAGUUGAGAAGGAACACGAUUCCGGCGAAGGAUCUCAUCAAAGCGGUUGCUCAGAAGACCGCACACCCGGCGCAAUGGCACGUGCUAUAACGGUGCAUGCCGAUACGAAAAAGGUCAUGUACUUUGCCUAAAGAGGAACUUUGGCAAUUUUAUGUACGAAAUAAACAACAAUUGAAUAACAACUACGAAAUAGCGGUAAUGCGCGCAAUGUUGUGGAAAAUAGUAGUAAGGCAAAAUACACAAAUCGAUGCAUUAUUUUAUUAGUGAUAAGUAUAUAAAAUUUUAUAUAAAUUCAAUAAUCUGCAACAAGGCAAGGCAAAAGAAAGUUAGGUUAAAAUGGACUUAACCGGGAAUUUUUAACAUACAAUACAUACAAUCCAUGUCUAAGCUAAAAGUUAUCGUAUAGAAUUAACUAUGUUUUAGCGAAAUUCUGUUUCUUCCAACUUUGUUAUAAUAUUUUGAAGUCGCUAUAAUAAUUCCAAUUUUGCUAAUUUUAAAUCAUGAAGUAUAUGCGAAGAAGAAGAAG